UGCUAUAUAACAGCCGAGGCGUUUUUCGUAUCGAAGAUACUAUUAGUGUAUUUCGACGAGAACGGACACGAAAAUGGCACCGCAAAUUAAACAUACAAAGCUGUUCAUCGACAACCAGUGGGUGGACGCCGUCAGUGGCAAAACCUUCGAUACUUACAACCCUCACGAUGGCUCCGUUAUCGCUAAAAUAGCUGAGGGUGAUGAGGCCGACAUCAACCUAGCCGUGGCAGCUGCAAAGCGCGCCUUCCACCGUAACUCAGAAUGGCGUUUGCUAGACGCGGCGCAGCGUGGUGCCAUACUGUACAAGUUUGCAGACCUGGUAGAACGCGAUGCUGACUACCUGUCCGAACUUGAAUCCUAUAACAAUGGAGCGGUUGCAUCCUUCGCGAAAAUCUUCACUCAAUCAGGCAUACAGUCAAUCCGCUACUUUGCCAGUUUGGCUGAUAAAAUCCAAGGCGACACUAUUCCCCUAAGUGGCGAAGUGUUCUCGUACACCCUGAAGCAACCCGUGGGCGUGUGCGGGCUUAUCUUGCCAUGGAACGUGCCGAUUUUGAUGUUCAUCAACAAAGUUGUAACUGCUCUUGCUGCUGGUUGCACUGUGGUGGUGAAGCCGGCAGAGCAGACGCCGCUGACAGCGCUGGCGCUGGCCGCUCUGCUGAAGGAGGCGGGCGUGCCGGCUGGCGUUAUCAACGUCGUCAACGGCUUCGGCGUUGGUGCUGGUACUGCACUCACCCACCAUCGUGACGUCGCCAAGAUCUCUUUCACUGGUUCUAUGGAAGUGGGCAAACUGAUCCAGCAAGCGGCUGGUGCUACCAACUUAAAGCGCGUGACCCUCGAGCUCGGCGGCAAGAGUCCUCUCAUCAUCAUGAAUGAUGCUGAUUUGAAUGCCGCUAUACCUUUCGCUGCGUUCGGUGUUUUCACUCAUCAAGGACAAAUAUGCGUGGCCGCCUCUCGUCUGUACGUCCAGUCGGGUAUCUAUGAUAAAUUCGUUCAGGGAGCCGUCGCUUUCGCCAAGCAGAGAACUGUUGGAAACCCCACUGACCCCGCUACACAACAAGGACCUCAGAUCGAUGGAGAGAUGAUGAACAAAGUGCUGGGAUAUAUUGAGAAGGGCAAGAAGGAGGGAGCAAAGCUGCUGACCGGAGGCAACCGCAUUGGCACUUCAGGCUUCUACAUCGAGCCCACAGUCUUUGCUGACGUCACUGACGACAUGACCAUCGCCAAGGAGGAGAUCUUCGGACCCGUGCAAAGUAUCCUGAAGUUCGACACACUCGAGGAGGUGAUCGACAGAGCCAACGCCACUAACUACGGCCUUUCAGCUGGUAUCUUCACCACCAACCUUAACACCGCCCUGCAGUUCAGCAAACACGCAGAAGCAGGAGUUGUAUGGGUCAACACUUACUUGACCAUGGGUCCCCAAGCUGUCUUCGGAGGCUUCAAAGAUUCUGGUCUCGGAAGAGAAAAUGGUCCGAAUUGCGUGGAUGCUUACUUGGAAGUGAAGACUGUCACCAUAAGCCUUCCCAAGAAAAUUUAAAUUAUUUCACGUCUCAUAAUUGUAUUUAAGCAACUGCUUUAUAUCGGUUUUAUUUAUAUUAAAAUU